CAGCCCUCAGGAGGAGGGGGACGGAGAGCAGAACCAGGGGUCGGACCCCAACACCACCCAGACCAGGAAGAUACACUCCUCCUCGCCUCCGCCUUCAUCACCACCAUCAUCAUCAUCAUCAUCAUCAUCAUCAUCAACAGCCCCUACAACCACCACUCCCAGCCCAGCCAACCCUCAGACUGCGCCAGCCAAACAGGCGUGUUAUCCUGUCCCGAACACUCAGCGCUGUUCCUAAUGGUUUAUAAUAAUAAGGUCCCUGUGAACCUGGCCCAUAAGAAGUCAGACACCCCACCAGAGAAACCAAGGCACCCUGACCCACCUGAGGCCCACAGCAAACUACCCUCACCUGCUCAAAUGGAUCAGGCAACCCCCUCUUACCCCACGGCUUCAUCCUCCCAUUCCCCCCCUCCCUCAUCACCCCGUUCCCCCUCGGUGAAGGACCCUAGCAGUGAGGCAGGUGUUAAUGGUGAGGGAGGUAUGCUGAAGGGGGGAGUACCUACAGUCACCUGCCGUCCUACCAGACUCACAAAGGUCAAAGGUCGCAAACAGAACUGUUCUUCCUCAGCCGCCCCCACUAACGUGAACUCAACAACAAGACCUCCAGCCUCCAGCCCCCAUCGGGCUGACCUUGCAGCCCAGGACAGGACUACAGGCUUCAGCUGCCCUCCUACACCGCCCCCAUCCACACCCCUACUUCCAGACCAGAGAGGAGCCCCAGUGGCUGAUGGGAGACUGAGUCCUGCUGCCUCCCUCACCAGCCUGAGCAGGGGACCAUUACCACAGUCCUCCGUGGGAAAUGAGAGAGGGAGAGAGGAGAAAGCAAAGAAGAAGAAAGAGAAAGAUGAGAAAGCGAGGGGUGAGAAAGGGAAGGGCAAGAGAGGGGAGAAGGGGAGAGGGAAGGAAGACAGGGGGAGGAAUGAGAGUCCAAAGAUGGACAGAGAUGAGAAAGCAAUGGAUGAGGGAAGGAAGGAGGGAACUGGGAUGGAUGAGAGAGGGAGGGAUAUGACUGGGAAGGAGGAGAGAAAGGGGGAAGAGGACAAGGAAAGCGAGAAGCCCAGAGACUUGAGGAUGAAUAAAUCGCCCUCUUCUACAAGGUGUCAGAUGUUGUCUGAGGUUCAGAGCAGGAAGACAGGUACACCCAGCCCAAACCCAGACCUGACCAGCAGAACAGGGGAAUCAGAUGAUCCAGGUGGCCCCUCAAGACCCACCGUCUAUCCCUCCAACCCCUCCUCUCCCCUCACCUCCCUCCCUCCUCCCUCUCUCUCUCUCCGCUCCUCCUCUCCUCCUACCUCUUCCCGAGAGCAGGACAGCCGUCCGCUGAAGAAGCGUAAGACCCGACGGCCAAGCUGGACCAGGCUGGUGAACCGGGCACAGAGACUGGCAGAGAACCCAGAUGGCCCCCAAGAUGCCCCCUUAGUUGCCCCACUGACCACCACUACCCCCAGACACCCCCACUACCCCCCCAGACACCCCCCAACUACCAACUCACCCAACCUUCGGUCAACUGAGUCAUGCCUAGCCCCCUUCGUUCCUCCACCCCCCAGUCCGUCCUCCCUCUCCCCCUCUACCUCCACCCCUGUGAGACCCAGACCAGCAGGGCGACCCCCAUCCCCCACCCAGACUCACCUGUUGACCUCUGAUCCUAGCCCUUCACCUGGACCUGACCGUCCCGUCUUUCAGGCCAGAAAAAGGGGUCGCCCCAAAUCCCAAACCUCGAGCAUGGACGAACCUCCACCCAGACACUUGCCCAAACCUAACCGAGCUGAGGUGCUCCCUCAUGGGCAUGAUGAGACUCUGGACCCCCAUGUGCUCAACCCAGUGCUGGAUCACAGUCCCACCCUCACCAAUCCCUCUAGCCCCAACCCCACACCCAGGAAACGAGGUCGCCCCAAACGGCUGCCCCCCUCCCCCCUCCUCCCCAAACAGACUCUCCAGGACCAGAACAGGGGUACCCUGACCCCCUCUGGAGGUGAGGAGGGGGGUAAAGACUUCCCCUCUGAAAAGGGGAACAGGCAGCUGAGGAUGAGGAGCAUCAUCGGAGAGAUGAAGAGGAGGAAGAGGAGGCUACUCAGGGAGAUGCUUUCUGGGUGUGGUUGGGGGGAAGGUAGAGAGAACUCUCACGGGGGUGAAGGAGGGGUGUGUGGGUCGGCUACAGCACCCUCCCUGUCCUCCUCUUUUGGGGGUAACCUAGGUCCCCAGAUCAACGUGAGUAAGAAGGGGACCAUCUACAUGGGGAAGAGGAGAGGACGCAAACCCAAAGCUCCAGCUAACUCUAACCCUGCCUCUCAGUCCACACUGUUCACCAGUCUCUCUGGUCCCUCUCUCUUCUCCUCUCCACAGUCCCAGCCCCAUCCUCCCCUCCCUCACCCAUUCCCCUCCCCAUCUCUCACCCACUCCAGUUGGGCCCAGAGCCCUUACAGUGAUGGAGGCUUCACAGAACCAGCUCCCUCCCUCUUCCUCCCCCACACCUUCACCCUCCCCUCACCCUCCUCCUCCUGCGCAUCGCCACGUCCUCUCUCCUCCUCAUCCCUCUCUCCCUCCCUAAAGAGGAGUUCUCCAGGUCAGGCACGACAUCCCCUCUUCCACCAUCCCUCCAGCAGACUCUCUUCUCCUCCUCCUCCUCACCCUCCUCACCCCCACCUGCCUGUCUCCCUUGCUCACCUGAAAGAGGCCACACCCUCACCUAUCAGCGAAUCACACAGCGAGGAGAUGUUGCCUAGUGACAGUGUGAUUGGAAUGGACCACAACAGUAUCUCAGAGCGGGGGGAGAGGAGGGGCCGUGGGAGAGGGGGGGUAACCAUGGGAAUGACCUCAGAGGUCACCAGGUCAGUGUUCCAGACAGGCUUGGGGAUCAGCCUGAAGGGUCAGAGACAACUGUCUCCCUCCAUGUUACCAGAACACCCCUCCCCUGUACCCUCACCCCUCAGAGUGUCGGCCCCCUCCGCCUCCCCCAGACACACACACCCUGCUACCCCUCCUUCUGCCUUAGUGGAACCCAGAGACAGACAGAGGCACAGGCGGAGGGGGUACGAAUGCCCCUAUACCUGCCCCCCCUGCCCCUGCCUAGGGCACAACCAGCGCUCCCACCUGGACCUCUGCCCCUGCCUCGCACACAACACACUCAAAAGACAGAAACACAAACGCAAGAGGAAGUACCAGCACCUGCUCAUGCACGCGCACGACCCAGACUUCCUGUCUGAACUGGACGAUCUUAUUGGGCAGUUCAGCGAGGUCCGCAUCGGGCGCCACCGGGAUUGGGCCAGACUGGAUCUCGAUGAGAGUGGGGAGAAAAGACGCCCCUCUUCCUCAUUGUCAUCGCAUAAUUUCCGCUCAAACGUUUACAGAAUCAACUUGAGUGGAUACUACUCGCCUCACCCCCUGUCUUACCCCCCUCAUCCCUCCUUCUCCCCCCUCCACCCCCACCCCUGCCACGGCCUGCCAUAUGGCAGCAGAAAGCCAGAGCGGAGGUUGAGCUGUGGCUGUCCCAACAAGCCCUGUGAGUCCCUAGACCAGGGUGACUGUGGCCAGGGGCGGAGGUGUCCCUUACAGGGUAACACAGGGCACCUCCAUCCCUCCUCUCUCAGUACCCCCCUGUCCUCCUCCACCACCUCUUCCACAACCCCCAUGCCUCUGGGUUUUGGCUACUACAGAGGCUAUCCUCUGACCAUGGCCCAUUACCCAAACCCCCACCUCCACCCCUCCUUUCCCCUGCCUCCCCCUAACCCCUACGCCCCCCACCACCCCCACCUCCACCCCCCUCACCUCCUCCUCAACCCAGCC